UAUCUCGCUUCAGCUCCAUCUUUUUAUUUAAACGGUGUUCUUAGAUAGCGGCUAAAUGUUAAUUCGAUCACAUAAGCUUUCCUUAUAUUUUGCGAUGUAUGUUGUAAGCAUGGAAGCUAUUCACCCUAAGCGUUCCGAGUUGUGCUCAUGUCAUAAUUAGUGAUCCCUGAUUUGGACAGAGAGUCUGAGGCGGCGAGCGGCGGCGGAGUAAUAGUACGUUUAGUAAGUGAAAUAUGCAGGUGUGUCAUUUCCAGCAUCUCUUGAGGCAGUUCGACAAGAACGAGCCGGGCCGUUUCCUGGGCGAGGGGGUGUCGUUCCGGGCGAAGCUGAUCGGGGUGUUGGAAGUGCCGGAGGCGCGGGGGGACAGGAUGUGCCAAGAGGCGCUGGCGGACCUGAAGAUGGCGAUCCGGGCGGCGGGCGAACACAAACAGCGGAUACAGGUGCACGUCGCCAUUGACGGCCUGAGGCUGCGGGAUGACAAGACUGGCGACUCGUUAUACCACCAUCCCGUGCACAAGAUCUCCUUUAUCGCCCAGGACAUGACGGACUCGCGCGCGUUCGGCUACAUAUUUGGCGCUCCCGAUACCGGCCACCGGUUCUUCGGCAUUAAGACUGAUAAAGCUGCUAGUCAAGUAGUCAUAGCAAUGCGGGACCUGUUCCAAGUGGUGUUCGAGCUGAAGAAGAAAGAGAUAGAGCUAGCGAAACAGCAGCUCGAGGGGAAAUCCGUCACCAGCAGUCUAGUGAGGCAUACGUCCACCAUCACCGAUGUUAAAUCUAAGAGUAUCACAACGAUCGGUGAAACGAGCUCAUUGACUCCAAAAAACCAAGACACAGCCGAAGGUGGCGUUGCAGAAUUAGUCGAUUUGGAGCAAGAACUCAGCUCUUUGAGAAGGGGGCUCACGCAGGUCGAGGGCCUGACGCCGUCCACGGACCCGUUUGGGGACUCGUUUAUAAGGCCGUCACAGAAAGGUCUUCUGCCGCCGCCCCCUGGCGUCAGUACCACGGCGCGAUUGCGCUCCUCAGCAUCGUCCGCCUCCGCUACCGCCUCCGCUUCCGCGCCAGCAACCGCUUCCGCGCCGCGCACCGUAUUCAGUCCCAAUAAGACGCAACUGCCUUUCGAUCUGCCACCGGAGUUGGAGCCGCCAGCGCCGCAGCGGGUCGAGCCUGAAGCUCCGGUGCGGACCUCGACGGCAAUCGGUUACGACGUAUUCACGGAACUAGACCCCCUCGGCACGGGCCGGAGUAAACCUUACGUUGACAAAAAACUAUUCUUUCAGGAGCUCAAAAACCCCCCAAAGAAAGUGCUCAAAGAUCUCGUCCCGUCUCAGUCUCUCCUUACCGAGAUGUCGGAAAAAGAGUACGGUCAAACGACUAUGACGUCACUAACGCGGCACUCCGGUGGCACGGUUUCCAUCGGGCGACCGUUGUAUUCCGCGGGGAAUUUUUUCGCGCAGAUCGAUCCGUUCGAGGAGACGGAUCCGUUUGACAGCACCGAUCCUUUUUCGGACUCGUUUAAGGAGGAUCCCUUCACGAGUAUGCAGGAGUUUCCGAAACAGAGACGGAGUAAGAAUACGAUGACGAUGCGGGAGGAGUACGGUCGGAAGCUGGAUAGAGCGGAGUCGCAAUCGCAAAAGACGCAACUGCAAUCGCAGUCGAAGCCGCAAAUGCAGUCCCAGUCGCAAACGCAGUCGCAAGUGCAGGAGGGGAAGAAUGUGUUUAAUGGCCCGCUGCAGGUCACGUUGCCACCUGAGCCCGUUCCUAAGUCUCCUAGGCUACAAAGACAGAACACAGACACAAGCUCAAUCCGGCAACGUCCACAACCCAGUUCCAAACUGAACGCAGAAAGCGCGUCCCCCCCACCCCCCCUGCCCCCGAAGAAAGUCGGCGAACUCGCGGUCGCCCGCCCCCCACCUCGACCCCCUCUGAUUGAGGAGGAGGGGCCGCCCCUGCCGCGCCCGGCUAGAAAGAGAGAGCCUCUGGCGGACCGCAGCAUGAAGCCGCGUUUAUCUUCCGCUGCCACGACGAGCAGUGAGGACGAAUACCUGUCGCCCGCUCCGCCGCCGCUGCCCGCCGCUCGGCGCUUCGAUAUCACCCUUAGUCAGCUGCUCACGUGUAGUAUGGACGAGCUAGCUCACAGGUUAAGAGUUCCUUCGGCGACUUUGUCGUCCAUGACGCUGCCUCAGCUCACGGAUUACCUCCGGUCCUACCUCGCAGCCGACAAUGAUAGAGCGCACAUCCACAUAGAACCUUCCCAAUCAGAUAAAGACAAAGACAGACCCCCGCUUUCGACAGCGAUAUCGACCACAAUAUCCGACAAACCCCCUCCAACUACCUCAUCAGUUACGUCCAUUGCGUCCGAAUUCAAGCCACAGUUCGAAGACAACUUCACUCCGACGGAGACGGGCGAAUUCGUCGCGAACUUCGACGAUUUCGACAAGAAAGCGAACCCAAGCUACGACCGAUAUGCCGCCUUUAGGGAAAUACAAGAACAGGAACUGCAAGCUAAAUCCAUGCUAGAUCCUAUUGAUGACAGCAAUGCCGAAGAACUUAAACAGGACUCUGAUGAAAAAGAAGAAUUAGCCGAAAUAAACGAUAUAAUGAUAAGCAAUCAAGGGGAAGUGAAAGAUAACAAUCGUAGCCCCUUAAAAACAUUAGACGAACUGACUUUAGACUCUUUCAACAUGUUCAGACAAUCCGUCAGUCCGAAACCGACGCAGAUCGAAGCGAAAAUCGAAGACAUAAAGUCCGUUAUGAAGAAUUUGCAAUUGGAACAGUCUAGAAGAUCUGUGUCGCCUAGAGAGAAUAACACUGAAGUAAAAGCUGAAGAUAAUAACGAUAGAAAUAACGAUAGAUAUGCGGCGUUACGUGAAAUAACUAUAACUGAACCUCAAGACGAAUUCGAGUCGUUACCACCCGAAGCGCCUAAAGAGCGAAAGCGAUCUGAUGAGAAAUCGGAUGGAUUUGAUAACAGUGACUUCUUUGACUGUAUUGACAACAGCAGUCUGUCCUUUUCACACGUGGAGGAGGCGUUCAGGAAGAGCCCGGUGGUGAAAGAGAAGGAAGAGGUGAAAGAGAAGCCUAAGGAAGAGGUGAAAGAGAAGCCAGUAGAGCUGGCGCCUGUGAGGGACUUACAGCCGCCGCAGAGGCUGUCUACGGGGUCUAUUAGCGACGUGGCCAGUGGUUCGUCUCCGGAUACUAAAGAGAAGUGUGUGUCGCGCGGCGCUGGUCGCUCGGGUCGUUGGGCGGUGCUGGGCGCGGGCGCGUCGCCGUGGUCGUCGGACUCGCGCGACUCGGAGCCCCGCCACGCGUGGCGCGAGCGCCGCCGCCGCCACCACAGCCCGCCGCCCGCAGUUCAAACGUCGUCAUCGUCACGUGACGUGUCACCGUGGGACGAAGAGCCCCCGCCCAGCCGCCUGCAGCGACCUCCGCAUCGCGAUCGAGAGUCUAGGCACAACUCAUCGCAAGGCUCAAGAGAAUGCCUAGACUCCGGCAGCGGGCGAGAGAAGGACAAAAUACGAGACAAGAGAGACAGCCGCGACAGAGACAGAGAUCUCAGCAGAGAGGGACGGGAGUCCCGAAGGGAUUCGGGCAGCGGUCGGGACCGCCGUGACGUCAGCAAAGAACGUGACCAUAGAGACCAUAGAGAUCGGCAUAGAAGGAGUAGAGAUAGGGAAAACGACACGUGGGAUCGAGACAGAACGUACAGCAGGGAGAGAGAGCGAGACAGGACGUAUAGCAGAGAACGGCCGAAGGAUUACAGGGAUAAAGAAAGGGACAGACAUAGAAAGCCGCGGCAUUCGUACGAUGAGGAGGAGGAUUACAGCGACGGUUGCGGGUCUGGCAGAUCGUCUCCCAGGGGAUGGGGCUCCGACCAGCGGUGGCGAAGUAACGAACGAAAUUAUGGGUCAUUGGGGUGGCGUGAGUCGAGGCGGCGGAAUGAAGGCAGGCAGGACGAGCUUAGCGAACGAAGGUAUGGAUCGACGCUCGGCUGGCCGUCGCGUCGCUCCACCAACAGUUCCUCCCGCCGCGAUUCCGAUCGCGACACCCGUGACCCUCGCGACCCUCGCGACCGUGACCCCCGUGACCCCCGUGACCCCCGCGACCCGCGCGAACCCCGCCGCCGCUCGAGACGCGAAGACCCGCGACAGCGGCGUGACUAUCGGUUCUCGAACGACUUCUCGCCUCGGGAGCGGACGAGUCCGUUCGACAAUGACUUCACAGAGCCCCCGCCCGUCAGGAAGAAGGCGCCUUAUGCUAAUCUCGAAGGAACGAGAUUCGCGUUCGAGUCGGAAGAGAUAACCGCGUCCCCGCUGUCGACGGGCAGCGCGCGGGCGGACGAGCCGGCCUCGCGGUUCCGCUUCGACUCGGACUCCGUGUCGCCGCGCUCGCUGUUCGAGGACGACUUCACGCUGCCCCAGGCCCGAGGCCGCGCCGCCUCCAUCGCCGAGGAGGACGAGGACGUGCCGCCGCUGAGGCCCAAACCCCAGUCGACCCAGAGGGACAUCAAAAAAUCGGAAUCCGUCAACAUCUUCACGCGCGAGUCUGACCCGUUCGAAGGCGACGAUUUCUUCGCCUGCACGGGAUCCGACCGCGCCGCGCGCCGCGAGAACUGGCCAGGGGACUUUCAGGGGUUUAAUGCGUGAGGCCGAGUUCGCUUCGUCGUGUGACCAUAGACUAAAUAGUGGACUGG